CCCUGCUCCUGCACCUGCAUGUCCUCCUCCGUGCCCACCUCCAUGUCCUCCUCCGUGUCCACCACCAUGUCCCGCUCCUGUUUCAUCGGGAUGCGGAGGCGGCGGCGGCGGCGGUGGAUACCCAGUUCCUCCUCCACCACCACCAUCUUACCCUAGCGGAGGUGGAGGCGGUUACGCUUCUGGAGGUGGCGGUAACGCUUAUGCUGGAAAAAUGUUAAAGUACGCAGUCGUUGCCCUUGCAGUCUUUGCAGCUUCAGAAGCCUUCCUCUUCGGUGGUGGUGGUGGCAGUAGCUGCUGUCCUCCUCCAGCACCCGCAUGUGCUCCUGCGUGUCCACCUCCAUGCGCCGCUCCUGUUGCAUCAGGAUGUGGAGGCGGCGGUGGUUAUGCUGGUCCUCCACCUCCUCUACCUUCUUACGGAGGAGGCGGUUUCCCCAGCGGCGGUGGAGGUUACCCUGGCGGUGGUGUCGGCGGCGGUUAUGCGCCAGCCGGUGGCAACGCUUACGUUGGAAAGUA